AUAAUAGAAUCCAUACCAAACGCUUCAGUUGUUUCUGUGUCUCUUUGAAGUCGGAUCUGUAACACACUGCGGUAAUGACUUUAGAAAACAUGAUGGCUUGUUGCCUGAGUGAAGAGGCGAAGGAAUCCAAACGAAUCAACGCUGAAAUUGACAAACAGCUUCGCCGAGACAAACGAGACGCGAGGAGGGAGCUGAAACUGCUUUUGCUAGGCACUGGAGAAAGCGGUAAGAGCACCUUCAUCAAACAGAUGCGCAUCAUCCAUGGUACCGGCUACACUGAUGAAGACAAACGCGGCUUCACCAAACUGGUCUACCAGAACAUCUUCACUUCCAUGCAGUCCAUGAUCCGGGCCAUGGAGAACCUGAAGAUCCCCUACAAAUACGAGCAGAACAAAAACAACGCUUUGCUGGUGCGAGAGGUGGACGUGGAGAAGGUUUCGACGUUCGACCAGCCGUACAUCAACGCCAUAAAGAUGCUUUGGAACGACCCUGGCAUUCAGGAAGCCUACGACCGCCGGAGAGAGUACCAGCUCUCCGACUCCACCAAAUAUUACCUUAGCGAUAUAGAACGCAUAGCGACCCAGGGGUAUGUUCCGUCUCAGCAGGAUGUGCUCCGGGUUCGAGUGCCCACUACAGGGAUUAUAGAGUACCCCUUUGACCUGGAGAAUAUAAUCUUCAGGAUGGUGGAUGUGGGAGGGCAGCGGUCAGAACGCAGGAAGUGGAUCCACUGCUUUGAGAAUGUGACGUCCAUCAUGUUCCUGGUCGCCCUGAGCGAGUACGACCAGGUUCUGGUGGAAUCGGACAAUGAGAAUCGUAUGGAGGAGAGCAAGGCCCUUUUCCGGACGAUAAUCACGUACCCCUGGUUCCAGAAUUCCUCCGUCAUCCUCUUCCUCAACAAGAAGGAUCUUCUGGAGGAGAAGAUCAUGUACUCUCAUCUGGUGGACUACUUCCCUGAGUUUGACGGUCCUCAGAGAGACGCCCAGGCGGCACGAGAGUUCAUCCUGAAGAUGUUCGUGGACCUGAACCCCGACAGCGACAAGAUCAUCUACUCCCACUUCACCUGCGCCACCGACACCGAGAACAUCCGCUUUGUCUUCGCCGCCGUCAAAGACACCAUCCUCCAGCUCAACCUCAAGGAAUACAACCUCGUGUGAGAGAGAUGGGGGGAGAGAGAGAGAGAUGGAGAAGGAAAAGAGAGAGAGAGAGACUCCAGCGGCCCACGCACAGCAUGAAGCUCCUAUACACUCAACAUUCUCUCAUACACACACACACA